AUGGAAUCUUGGAAAAAAGUAUGCAUAAUAGUUUCAGUGUAUGUCAUACUUCGAGAAUUCCGUCCAAUAGAUCCUUUUAUUAUUAAGUAUCUCACGUUUCUUCCGAAAAAAUACACUAUUAAAACAAUUAGAGAAGAGGUUUAUCCAGUGAGUAGUUACGCUAGCGUGUUAUUCAUAGUAAUCAUAUUCCUUGUUACCGAUUAUCUACAAUACAAGCCAAUAAUAAUUGUAAAUGGAUUAUCUGGUAUAAUUUCUUACAGUUUACUAUUAGGAUCUCCAACAAUAAGUUUGUUGAAAUCAAGUCAAAUAUUUUUAAUGCUUUUUAGAGCAGCUGAAGUUUCAUAUUAUACAUAUGUGUUUGCAAAAAUUAAAAACAAAGAUCAAUAUCAGAUUGCUAUUAGUAUAGUAAAAACUUCAAUUAUGAUUGGAAAAUGUAGUUGUGGUAUAAUAGCACAAGUUCUUAUAUCAUAUAAUAUUGUGAACUACGUAUAUUUACUUUAUUUAAGUAUACUUGGUAUGAUUUUAACUACGAUCUGGUCAUUAUUUAUGCCACCAAUUAAGUUUAGUUUAUAUUUUUAUAAAGAAAAAGAAUCCGUUUUGGAUGUAUUUGUAAGUGAUAAUGAAAAAAUUAUUCAAACAAAAAUCAAUGAAUCUACUAAUGUGAAUCUAGAUAAAAAAAAUACAAAAAAAUACUUUUUAAAAAUGGAAUGCUCUGAAAUUGUUCAAAAGCUAUGGGAUGAUUUUAAUGUAGCAUAUACAGAUGAAAACGUAUUUAGGUGGUCAGUUUGGUGGUCGUUGUCACUUAGUGGUUAUGUAUUGGUUUCCCAUUAUAUCCAACUUCAUUGGGAAGAAAUUGAAACGCAUAGUGAACAAAACUCUUUAAACGGUGCAGUUGAAUCAUUAGCUACACUAUUAAGCGCUGCUACUAUAUAUGCGAUUGGAAGAGUUAAUGGAAAUUGGGACAAGUAUGGAUACAUUAUAAUGGCAAUGGUAGCUAUGGUACUUGGAGUCAUAUUAUAUUUUCUUUCUAUUACUAAAUCUUUAACAAAGUCGUAUGCAUACUAUAUAAUGUUCUGUUGCGCAUAUCAGGCUAUGGCAACAAUAUCAAGUGCAGAAGUUGCCAAAUUGUUGAAAAGGAAUUGUUAUGCUUUAAUAUUUGGAUUUAACAAAUUUAUUGCGUAUAUUUUAAUUAUUAUAUUCACCAUUAUCGUCGUUGAAGAUAAAUUAUUUUCUUUCGACAUUUGUCAACAGUUUUUGAUCUACAGUGUGUAUUUUAUGUUUUUGGGAUGUUUGUUUUUAUUAAUGUCUUUCGUGUCAUUCAGGAGACUAUGA